AUGAGUGCCGGCAUUUAUCCCAAUCGACAACACUUUGAUAAUUUAAGUUACAUAUCGGAUGGUCGUGAUCGAAUUUCAUAUAUCAAUGAUCCAUAUGCUGCUACGUCGCAUGAUGCUCCAUUCGAUAGUCGUGGAGUUGUUUUGCGACCGACUGAUUUAAAUAAAUCUAAUCGUGAAAAUAAUAUUACUUAUUCAUAUCGAUCUGGUCAAGAUAAUAUAUAUGGUUAUAAUAAUGCAGCAUUUAGUGAUAUCAGUGGUGUUGAUUCGCGUGGACCUUCAAUGCGAACACCACAACAGAAUAUAUAUAAUGUUCAAAAAACAUUUCAAAAUCCAAAAAAUAAUGGAAAAGCAUCUAGAAUAUGUUCGAAAUAUUGGUAUAUAUUUGUACUUUUAACUCUUAUUAUUCUUGUUGCUAUUGGUCUUGGUAUUGGUUUUGGUAUAUUUUACUCAAAACAUAAAAGUAAAUGUCAUCUAUCAUGUGAUCCAAGUGAAAGACUUGUUCAUUUAAAUUCAACUCAUUGUGAAUGCCAAUGUAUAUUAAUUAUUAAUGAAUGUGAAUAUGAACCACCUGUAUGUGGACAAUUUCCAUGUAUUAAAUUUAAUGGCACAGGUUAUGAAUGUCAUUGUACAAUGGGCUUUCAUCAUCCACCUAGUAAUAAUGAUUUAACACGUUGUGAAGAUAUUGAUGAAUGUAGAAAUUCACAUAUAUGUGGUGAAAAUCAAAUAUGUCAUAAUACAAUUGGAAGUUAUACUUGUUCUUGUCAAUCUGGCUAUGAAACAAUUGUAUCAUCUAAUGGGAUUAUAUGUCAAGAUAUCAAUGAAUGUCUUGAUGGCACUCGAUGUUCAAAUGGUCAUUGUAUAAAUAAUAAUGGUAGUUUUACAUGUGUUUGUAAUCCAGGUUUUACACCUGAUAUAUUCAAUCCAUUGCAUUGUGAUGAUAUUGACGAAUGUUUACUAUCAAAUAAUUGUACUGGUAAUAAUGAAAUAUGUGAAAAUAUACCUGGCUCAUACAAAUGUAUUUGUGCUCGAGGUUAUCGACGAGAUGGACAUAACAAUUGCAUAAAUAUAAAUGAAUGUGCAGAAUCCAAUACAACUUGUGAUAUAAAUUCACGUUGUGAAGAUCGUAAUGGAUCGUUUGCAUGUUGUAUAAAAACAAUAACAAAUCAAUGUAUUGAAUGUGGUUAUGAUUAUACAAAUUCAAGUUCGAACGGUAUGUUAUCAUUUGCUUAUACUAAUCUACUUUUAACAACUGAUUUAUCUGCGACAGUAACUGCUUUUGCUAUUGCUAAUACAAGCUUACGAUUAAAUGCGAUUAAAAAAUCAAUAAAAAAAAAUAAAUUGAAAAAGGUUAAUAAUCAUGUUCGAAGAACACGUAUGAUUAAUGGUCAAUCCGUCGAAACAGGACAGUUUCCAUGGAUUGCUGCUUUAUUAAUUAAAUCAGAUUAUUAUAAUAGUGAACCACGUUAUGUUUGUUCAGCUUCUCUUGUUUCUAGUUGGAAUAUUAUAACUGCAGCACAUUGUCUUGACGAACAACAUUUUCGAAAACAAUGGGAAUUAACACGUGAACCGAGUUUAUUUAAAGAUAUAUUUGAUAUACGUAUAGGUGUACAUAAUCUUAGUUUGAACAGUACAGAUUUUCUUCAAAGUCAAUCAUAUUCAAUUGCAAAUUUUACAUUACAUUCAGAUUAUCAAACUCUUGAUACAGAACAUGCUACUGUUAAAAAUGAUAUUGCUUUAAUUAAAUUAACUAAACGUAUUGAACGUUCAUCAAAGCUUGAUUGGAUUUGUUUACCAACUAUUGUUAAUGUUCACGAUCAAAAUAUAUUAAAAGUUGUUUCAUAUAGUCAUACAGACGAUGAUUCUAUUCAACAACAAUUAAAUAUUCGUGUACUUGAUAAUCAUCAAUAUCAAGCUGAAUGUCAACGACAAUUAAAUGAUAUUGCUGAAGAUGCUUUCUGUGCAAUCACUACGAAUAAUUCCAGUGUAUUAGGCGUGGGUGAUUCUGGAGCAGGUGCAAUGUUAUUUGAUAAUAAUACUCAUUGGCAACUUGCUGGCGUUAUGUCAAAAACAGGUUUUCAAAAAGCAUAUUCAGCUAUGACUAAUGUAUCAACGCAUAUCGAGUGGUUACAAUCUCUUGUGGAACGAUAG